AGACAACGUCACCACUUCCGCUUUGUGUUCCUCUUUCGUUCCGCUUGCUCUGCCCAACAUCCAUCAUCACCUCCAUUUUUCAUUUUCGAAGCUCGUACUGUAACGUAUUUUCGAACCUCGCACAAUCUCAUCAUCAGUCUGCUUCCUUUUUCGAACCCUAGCGAUUGAACUCACAGAUCCUAGAAGACUAUUUCAAGGGUAAUAACAGCUGAACUCCCGCCCUAUCAAUCAUUUACGUACGUCCCGGUCAUCCUUCUUGGUUCGCUCAUCAGUCACUGGUCAAGGGUUGGUCACGCGGUACGUUCUCGCCGCCCGGGAAGAUCAUGUUUGACCGACAUCUUGUGCAAGAGAAGUUCUUCUGAGGAAAAGCUGGCCUCCUGACUUUGCGCCUUUUGAUAUUUUUUCUAUGCCAUCUUUGCAAUAAUAGCGAGUGUUGGUUGGAAAGGGCUCGACAGCUUCAUAUCCGCCCAGAGCCUGCAACUGCUCACCAUAUGCAAACAUGCAUCUGAUACACCAGCUCGGUUUCUUCCUUCUUCCGUUCACGUCUCACUUCGUUGAGAGUGUCUUCGCAAACCCAUUAGCCGUCCCAGGAGACCCGAGCCACCCUCAAGGACAACACCCCCUAGCUUCACUUCAUGAUUACGCCGCGGAUACCGAUGGAGGAGCUCACACCGGCACACCACCAGCCCAGAAAGGCGGCGUCUCGCUCCAGUUCUUCGCCUCGCUUGAGCGCAUGGCUCGCCUGGUAGACAUCACCUACUGCGUCGGCACAACCGGCGUUUCGAAGCCCUUCUCGUGCGUCUCCCGCUGCAAAGAUUUUCCCUCGCUGCGGCUGGAGCGGACCUGGAACACAGGCCUGCUGCUCAGCGACAGCUGCGGGUACAUCGCGGUCGACCACGGCGAGAGGAAGAGGGACGGGCGGAACGGGGGCGGGACUGUGGUUGUCAGCGAGCCGGCUAUCAUUGUGGCGUUCCGAGGGACGUAUAGUAUCACUAACACGAUAGUUGAUUUGAGCACGGUGCCGCAGGAGUAUGUGCCUUAUCCUUCACCGGAUGAUGAUGAUGAUGAGGAUGAUGAGGAGGAUAGGAAUGUUGGAAAGGGAAGCAGUAGCAAUAAGAACAACGACGACGGCAAAAACAAAUGCACCAACUGCACCGUCCACAUGGGCUUCCUCGCCUCCUGGCGCAGCGCGCGCGACUACGUCCUACCGGCCCUCAAAGCCGCCCGCGCCAACCACCCCGAUUACCCUGUCCACCUGGUCGGGCACAGCCUCGGCGGCGCCGUCGCCGCUCUCGCCGCGUUAGAAAUCCGGCUCUCGCUAGGCUGGCAAGACGUCCAGGUGACAACCUUUGGCGAACCACGUAUUGGGAACCAAGCCCUGGUGGACUACCUGGACAAGGCCUUUGGUCUUGACAAUGAAGACAAAGAAGUCAAGGACAAGGACAGAGAAUCCCUCCCCUACCGCCGCGUAACCCACAUCAACGACCCCGUCCCCCUCCUCCCCCUGACGGAAUGGGGAUACCGCUCGCACGCAGGCGAGGUGUACAUUUCCAAACCGGACUUGCCGCCUGCUCCUGAGGACUUGCGGUUGUGUCAAGGGGAUAACGAUCCGGAGUGCAUGGCUGGGGCUGAGAAGUCGGAUGGAAGGGGGUGGUUCGAUGGUAGUAGUCUGCUGGAGGUGACUGACUUGCUGGCGCUGGCAGCAGCGAAGGGGAUUGAUCUUGAUGUCUAUUAUCGAGAUCCUGUUGCUGUUGCUGUUGUUGAUGGUGAUGCUGCGGAGGGUGGUGAUGGUGACGACGGUAGCGAUGCUGAUGAUGUGCAUGGUGAUGUGGAUGGUGAGCCGACCGCAACAGCACCCACGACCAGGACAAAGAGGAUGUUUCCCACCAGACUCAAGCUCUGGCAGCUCUUCUUUGCACACCGGGAUUACUUCUGGAGGCUGGGUUUGUGCGUGCCUGGUGGUGACCCGGCAGAUUGGGGGAGAGACAAGUAUAACUUGACGCAGCCGCAGGGAUCUUUGGUUGUGCUUGGUGAUGGCGAGUUGUGAAAAUUGUAGGGGUUACAUAUCAUCACGACACUUUGGCUCUUGAUUCAGUGGGUUUGUUUAUUCAUCACAGAGGGGCGGCGUCUUAAACCAUGGAUGGCACACUUUGUUUCCAGGGCAACGGAAAGAUAUGGGUGUUUGGGCGUCAGGGUUUUGGGAAACUGACUGGGAAACGAUUGUGCUAGGACCCUUCAGGGCAUUUAGGUUUUAUUGCGAAGGCAUUAAUGGGUUGAUGGCAUAUGGUAGGCGUUCGGUAGCAGAAAUGGUUAUGAUGUUGAACGGGAUGUCUCAACGUAACCGGGUAGAUAAUGAUAUGAAUUUCCAGUUGAAUGUUGG